AUGCCGAAAGUACGCCGAAGUCGGAAACCUCCCCCAGAAGGUUGGGAACUUAUUGAACCAACAUUGGAGGAAUUGGAGCAAAAAAUGCGAGAAGCGGAAACUGAACCACAUGAAGGAAAACGGAAACAAGAAUCACUUUGGCCUAUAUUCAAGAUACAUCAUCAAAAAUCUCGAUACAUCUAUGACUUGUUCUACAGAAGAAAAGCUAUUAGCAGAGAGCUUUAUCAAUACUGUAUAAAUGAGAAGAUUGCAGAUGCCAAUCUGAUAGCAAAAUGGAAAAAGACAGGCUAUGAAAAUCUUUGCUGUUUGAGAUGCAUUCAGACUAGAGAUACAAAUUUUGCAACUAACUGUAUAUGUAGGGUACCCAAAAGCAAACUAGAAGAAGGUAGGAUAGUUGAAUGUGUUCAUUGUGGUUGUAGAGGAUGUUCUGGGUAG